AUGCAGAUAAAAUUCGUACCAACUCCGUACGUUUCACUCUUAAUUUCUUAAAAUAUCUAUCGUUUUUCAGAGAAGGAACUCAAGAAUGGAUGGCAAUUGAGCUGCACGGAACGAUUUCGCCACAGGAAGGAAGUUUCGAUGGAAAAAAGCUGGGUGAGUAAGAAGCGGACAGUUCUUGUUAUCAGGACACUUAUUCAUCAGGUACGAUUGUCUGGGGAGACCGCAACAACGUGUACAUGAUUAUUGGGAGCCAAACACUUGAAGGAAAGGUAAAUAUUUAUUCGUUUUCUGCUUAGAAAGUUGUUACCGCUGUUAGAAAAAGCUUCGAAGGGAAUAGAAAAAAAGGGACAAUUGCAGAUAUCGAAAGUCGACAGACCGCUCCUUGUGAUUCGAAAAAGUGACGAGAACCGGCAAGAUGGAGAGAAAAGAGCGACGGUGAAUGCGGUGGUGAGGAAGAAGCUCGUAUUCAAGACACGUCCCCGCCCACUCGUCAUUUCUACAGUCGCAUAA